AUGGUCGGCAACGUCUCCGGCGGAAGAGACACGUGUGGAAACAGACACACUAUCGACUACAGACAGAAGCGUGGCAUCUCCCGAAAACAGGUGCAGGAAACAGUGUCAGGAAACCAUCUUGUGCGGACAAAAUGUCGACGUCGGGGCCUUCGGCGUACAGCUAGUCCUUCCUCCUGCUCGACAGGUUCGACGUGCUGUCGACGUGGUUUGCGACGUCGAUGCUUCUCGUUGGACCGUUGGAUUGCUGCACAGCCGCAUUCGAAGGACGCCGGAUAA